CAGCAGCGUGGCCGCCUCUUGCAUUGCUUUCCGCCGGGAAGGUCGCCAUGUGGGGCCGGUGGCUGGCGCGGACGGGCCUCGCCCGCGCACGUAGUUCUGGAUUGUUUGGACUGAGACUGUGGCGAUGGAAGAGUUCUGCAAAUGAAAGGGCGCUGCAGUACAAAAGUGGAGAUCACAUCCAUGGAUUCACCGUGAGCCAGGUGACGGCAGUUCCUGAAUUAUUCUUGACAGCAGUUAAACUCAACCAUGACAAGACAGGAGCCAAGUAUUUGCACGUGGCACGAGAAGAUUCCAAUAAUCUGUUCAGCGUUCAGUUCCGAACCACCCCCAUGAACAGUACGGGUGUCCCCCACAUCCUUGAACACACUGUGCUUUGUGGUUCAGAGAAGUAUCCUGUCAGGGACCCCUUCUUUAAAAUGCUGAACCGGUCGCUCUCUACCUUCAUGAAUGCAUUUACAGCUAGUGAUUACACACUCUACCCAUUUUCUACCCAAAAUCCCAAGGACUUUCAGAACCUUCUCUCUGUCUACCUGGAUGCCGUGUUUUUCCCUUCUUUGAGACCUCUGGACUUCUGGCAGGAAGGCUGGAGGUUGGAACACGAGAGUCCGGCAGAUCCUCAGACCCCAUUAACCUUCAAAGGAGUUGUGUUUAACGAAAUGAAGGGAGCUUUCGCAGACAAUGAGAGAGUUUUCUCUCAGCACCUUCAAAACAAGAUUCUUCCUGAUCAUACGUAUGCAGUUGUGUCUGGUGGUGAUCCAUUGAAGAUCCCCGAUCUGUCCUGGGAACAGCUGAAACAGUUCCAUGGUAUUCAUUAUCAUCCCAGCAAUGCAAGGUUCUUCACUUACGGUAACUUCCCACUAGAGCAACAUUUGAAACAAAUCCAUGAGGAAGCCCUGAGUAAAUUCCAGAAAAUUGAACCCAACACUGCUGUCCCACCACAGCAAAUCUGGGACAAGCCUAGGGAGCACCAUGUGACGUGUGCCGCAGAUUCAUUUGCUACAGACUCCAAGAAGCAGACAAUGGUCAGCGUCAGCUACCUCCUAUCAGAUAUUACAGAUAAUUUUGAAAUCUUCACAUUGAACUUGUUGUCUUCUCUAUUGGUUGGUGGCCCAAAUUCACCCUUUUAUAAAGCUUUGAUAGAAGCCGGUCUUGGAACAGAUUUUUCACCGGAUGUUGGGUUUAACUGCUCCACACGAGAAGCUUACUUCAGUGUAGGUCUUCAAGGGAUUUCUGAAGAAGACAUAGACACCGUAAAGCAAAUUAUUGCUAAAACUAUUGAUGAAGUUAUUGAGAAUGGAUUUGAGGAAGAAAGGAUCGAAGCUUUACUCCACAAAAUUGAGAUCCAGAUGAAGCAUCAGUCAACCCACUUUGGACUUGUCUUGACUUCAAAUAUUGCCUCCUGCUGGAACCAUGAAGGAGAUCCUGUUGACCUUUUGAAGAUAGCAGAGAAAGUAUCUCAGCUCAGGCAUUGCCUUACGGAGGACCCCCGUUUCCUUCAGGGAAAAGUAAAACAAUAUUUCAAGGACAACCUGCAUAGAUUAACGCUCUCUAUGAGUCCAGAUGUGGCUUUUCAUGACAAGCAAGCUGCAAUGGAGGCAGACAAAUUGAAAGAGAAGGUUGAGACCCUUUCUGAAGAAGAGAAGAAGCAAAUCUAUGAAAAAGGUCUGGAAUUGCUUGAUCUGCAGAGCAAACCUCAAGAUACGUCCUGUCUUCCCGCUUUGAAAGUUUCAGAUAUCGAACCAAGGAUCCCUUUCACCGAACUGGAGAUGGCCCUUACAGCUGAAGAUGUCCCUGUCCAGUAUUGUGCUCAACCCACAAACGGCAUGGUUUAUUUCAGAGCCAUUUCCAGCCUGAACACGCUCCCGGAAGAGCUUCGGCCUUAUGUUCCCCUUUUUUGCGGUGUCAUCACCAAGAUGGGGUGUGGAACACUCAGCUACCGAGAACAGGCCUUGGAAAUAGAUCUGAAAACAGGUGGCCUUUCUGUUGGCCCACAUAUCAGUAUAGAUGACUCCCACCUGGACAUGUAUGAACAGGGUGUGGUCUUCUCUUCGUUAUGCCUGGAUAGAAAUCUGCCUGACAUGAUGCAUCUCUGGACUGAAAUAUUCAACAACCCCCAUUUUGAAGAUGAGGAGCAUUUCAAAGUCUUGGUUAAAAUGACGGCUCAAGAGCUGUCCAAUGGCAUUCCUGAUUCUGGACAUCUGUAUGCCUUAAUUAGAGCAAGCAGGACUCUGACACCUGCAGGAGAAUUGAUAGAAAUGUUCAAUGGCAUGGAGCAGGUGAAACUGAUGAAGCGAAUUGCAGAAAUGGCAGAUAUUAAGCCCGUGCUCCGAAAACUGCCACGCAUCAAGAAAUAUCUUUUAAAUAGUGACAACCUGCGAUGUUCGGUGAAUGCUACACCUCAGCAGAUGCCCAAUGCCAUGAAAGCUGUGGAAAAAUUUAUCCAGGGAAUUGCCAGAAGUAAAAAGGAACGGAAGCCCAUCCGUCCCCACGUAGUUGAGAAACCUUCAGAUUCCAAAACCACUGGCAACGAGGCAAUGGCUUGCUCCCAGAUCACAAGGAAACUAAUUACGGAUCCCACUUUCCAACCCUGCCAGAUGAAGACCCAUUUUCUGCUUCCCUUCCCUGUAAAUUACGUUGGUGCUUGUGUUCGAACUGUGCCUUUCACAGCCCCAGACUAUGCAAGCCUUUGUCUCCUGGCCCGUUUAAUGACAGCAAAAUUCCUGCAUACGGAAAUCAGAGAAAAAGGAGGUGCAUACGGUGGUGGUGCUCACAUCUCUCAUAGCGGCAUAUUUAAUUUCUACUCCUAUAGGGAUCCAAACUCCUUGAAUACUUUGGCUGCUUUUGAAAAGGCGGCUGAAUGGGCUAAGAUAGGGAAGUUUACCCAGCAAGACAUUGAUGAAGCCAAACUUGCUGUGUUUGCAUCAGUAGAUGCUCCAGUUGCACCAUCUGACAAAGGGAUGAAUAAUUUCUUAUAUGGAAUUUCUGAUGAGAUGAAACAGAGGCACAGAGAACAUCUUUUUGCCGUCUCCAGGGAUAGCCUGAUAGAUGCAGCUAACAAGUACCUCAUUGCUGGGAAGAGCACAAGGGGACUGGCUGUUCUUGGACCGGAUAACCCAGACACUGCCAAAGACCCUUCCUGGGUCAUACGAUAAAGCAACCUGCUGUGGUCUGCCUUAGAAGGAAAUCCAACAGGUGCAACUCAUGCAAUGACUACCAAAAUAAAUUGUGUGAAGAAGGACUUAAAGUACUGUUAGGGCAAGACAUUAUUUGCAUCGUCUCAUCCCGAAAGACCUUGAUGCUCCAGUUGUGUUUUUAUUGAAGAAGCAAGCUGAUUUGAAGUCACUCGUGGAAUUCCACACACUCUGCCUCCCGAUCUUGGUCUUAACUGCAGCAAUGAUGAAGCAAGUCCAGGGCAUCCAGGUCAAACCGUUCCUGGCUCUGAAUGACCGCUGGCCCUAAUUUCAGCUAGAUCCCCUCAAAAACACUGCAGUAGCAUUCACCUAUUUAUAAAACUGUAGAAUUUUUUUCAGCCCAUUUGCCUUAGAUCAUGGUCAACUAAUAAAGUUAUUUUUUAAAAGGCGUAUAA